UCAAGUUGACACCCAUGUCGGAAACACUGUAACCAUUCAAUUUGCGAAUGUGUGGAAGGAACAUGGCGAUGUCAAAGCGGCAGAAAAGACUCGGCGAAGACGAGGAGAGCGACGGCUCGAACGAGUCGCAAAACGAGGAUACCGACUCCGAGCAAGACGACCUGGUCGACACCGAGGUGAACGUGGACUUCGAGGCUCGCACGCCGGACGACUCGGACUUCCACGGCAUCAAGAGGCUGCUGCAGCAACUGUUCCUCAAGGCACGUGUCAACCUCUCGGACCUGACCAACCUCAUUCUGGAACGAAACUUCGUCGCCAGCGUCAUCAAGCAGUGCGACGACGACGUCGAAGACGAUGACGACGACGAGGCCAUGCAGGAGGACGAAGACGGCGUCUUCGGCGUCAUGAGCGUAGUCAACGUCACCGAGAGCCGGCAACGGGAGUGCGUCCAGCAGAUCGUGACUCUCCUGCGCGACCACUGCCGCGCUUCGGCGAGCGGACUGGCGGCAAAGUUUGACGAGUACUUCACAGAGGACGGCUACCAGAUCGGCCUGGUGAUCAGCGAGCGCUUCGUGAACAUACCGCCGCGGAUCGCGCUACCCCUGUACGACGCCCUGGCGCGAGACGUCGAGGCGGCCAAGGCGGCUGGAAAGAAGUACGACUUCACCCACCUCUUGGUCAUAUGCAAGCAGUACAAGGCGUCGGAGAACGACGAGGGAGGCGCCGUGUUUGCCAACGCCGAAGAGGAGCUGUUCGAAGAAGAAGCCGACCUACAGUUUGAGUACAACGUGACGCCAGACACCGGUACUGCCGUCGGCGGCGACUGGAAAGAGGAGGACGAAGAGAUGAAACAGAUACGCAAGGUGCUCGUCAUACCGACCACCAAAUGGGCCCGCAUCAUGGACAAGCUCAAGGGCGCGUUGCAGUAAUAAA